AUGGCACUGCUCUACAUCAAAAACAUCAUCUUCCCGGCCAAAAAAAAACCCGUCUUAUUACCCACGUUCAAGCAGCAGUAUGGCACAUGCGACACUGCAUCAGAAAUAUCUCAGGAUGGAUCCGAUUCUUCAACGUUGAGGAGUGAUACAGGGAGCUUCUCUUCUCCAUUCCGAGUUGAUCCUAGAAUCAUUGCAGACGCCACAAUAGGUCUCUCAGACGGCCUUACUGUACCUUUUGCUCUUACAGCUGGACUCUCUGCACUCGGAGACACGAAACUCGUCAUCUACGCUGGUUUGGCGGAGCUCUGCGCUGGUGCUCUUAGUAUGGGUCUAGGAGGAUAUCUCGGUGGUGUAUCGGAAGCACAAGCUUACUCCGCCACCCUAGCAGAGACGCGAAAGAUAGUCAACCAGGAUCCGGAAGAAGCCAAUCAAAUUAUCAAGUCCACUGUUGACUCGUACGGUCUUUCGGAGGAUGUCCUGGAAGCCUUUGCUACGCAGAUCAACUCAUGCCCGAAAAGAUCAGAGACAUUCAUCAUGCGCUUCCACCACGACCUUCCAGAAUCUCAAGCAGAUGCAUCACGCGCCUAUGUCUCGGCUGUAACUAUUGCACUCGGUUAUCUCCUUGGUGGACUGGUGCCUCUUACGCCUUACUUCUUUGUGAGCAACAACCAGACUGCUCUCCUUUGGAGUAUUGGCGUCAUGGCCUUUGCUCUGUUCGUCUUUGGUUAUGUCAAGACUCUCCUGGUCGGCGAAGAGAAACGAAUGCUUUGUGUCAAAGCAGGGCUACAGAUGAUGGUAUUAGGCGGUGUUGCUGCUGGGGCAGCGAUGGGUUGUGUCAAAGCGAUAGGCUCAUGA